UUAAAGCUUUGCUUUACACUAGAACUUGCGGCGUCUCCUCUUUCCUAACACUUCCACCCCAUCCGCGGUAAAUAUCCCACAUCAACUUUUUCAUCAACACCCUGUAAAUUCUGCCGACUUCUUCAUAUAGCUGUAUCGAAUUGGUCGCGGUAGUAUCUCAAUCCGCGCCACUAUUCUCAGCUUACCAUAACAGCACAGUCAGGUUUCUUAACAAACACUAAACACUCGACACUCGUACCGGGACCCAAGCUUCCCAGGCCGUAGUAGAGGUGCAAAAAGCUUUAGUGCUGUUUUCUCGCUGUCGCAUCAAAUUACAAUUACUCGACAUCGCUGGACAUUUUCAUCAUUCGUUCAAUCGUUACUACUUUGAAAAAGGACACUUGGAAAUCAUCGACUUUUACCUAGAUUUGCCUUUUGACGGCUGUAACUCGUUAGGUCGCGGCAAGAAAUACAAGUAAUCGCCCGAAAAGCUAGACGAAGCAAGAUAAACAAACCAACCCUCUUAAUACUUGGGUGACUAUCGCGACUCUAUCGUAUAUCAUUCCACAGGUGCUGCGAGCCUGUUCUCGCUGUACAUUGUGUGCUUGCCGUUCUCCCUCAAGUAUUCAAGAGAGCUCUAGAGCAAUCAUGUCGUCGCCCGUAACAGAGCUUGAGGCUGGCUUGAAUGCCAUGCAAAAUCUAAAACCACCCGGAGUUACCCAAUCCCGUAUUGUGGCAUUGACCAGCUUGUGUGUCGACAACGUCCAGUCGGAAUCCGUACUCAUCCAGAAGAUCUACACCCAUUUCAAGAAAGCCCCCGCAACUCACAAGUUAGGAGUGCUCUACGUCGUAGAUUCCGUAACUCGCAAAUGGGUUGACCAAGCCAAGCAUCAAGGUCAACCUAUCAAUAGUUCUGCAAAGGAUGGAACCUACGCUGCUGGCGUGCAUAGAGUAACGGAACUGCUUCCUGUGCUUAUGAAUGAUAUCUUUCAGAACGCUCCCGGAGAACAAAAGGAUAAGAUUAAAAAGCUCAUUGAUAUCUGGGAGAAAGGCCAGACAUUUCCUCGGUCCAUGAUCGAGUCAUUCAAAGAGAAGAUGAAAUCGUUUGCUGCAAAAGACGAAUCCACAACACCGGUUGGCAGUCCUCCUCCGGGCCCUGGUUUACCUGGUUUGACCGAGAACAAGCCACAUGCUGCUGUCGAGGCUCCAAAUGCAAUCAUGGAGGCCCUCGCCAACAUAGCUCGACAGAACGUCACAGCUACGCCCACCAACAACAACAUUCAGGCUCCGGUCCCGGCUAGCGCGUACAGCGUACCUCCGGUACAAACAAGUGCAACUCAACCUCCUAUUCUUCCUCUAACCCAAAGCCAGCCUCCUGUUUCUUAUUCAGCACCACCUCAGCAACCUGUAAAUCUACCGGGCAUGCCGUACCCGUUCCCUCAACCAGGUCAAGUUCAGGCUCAUACCCCUGUGCCUCAGGUGAAUGCUAGUAAUCAAGCCGCGGGCUUCCCAGGUGUAGCUUCUGCUGUUCCUGCGGCACCGACUCCUGGUAUGGACCCCAGUGUCCAGCAGCAAGUUAUGUUGAUCAAGCUUCUUGCCGACCAGGGCGUGCCGUUCGAUAAGAUUCCAGCCAUCAUAGCUAGCAUGCAGAGCAGCAGUAUUUCUGCGCCCCCUGCUGCCAAUCCGGCUGCAGUACCCCCGGUAGGUCAGCCUCCGUAUGCUGGUUCGUGGGGUCAAGGUGGCUUUCGACCUGAUGAAUCACGUGACCACGAAUUUCAACAAGUGAGAUCUCCAAAUAGAUAUCGCAAUCGUUCGAGGUCUCGUUCGCCCCAGCGCCAUUGGGAUGCGCGUGACUCUCCCCGUGGCCGCUCUGAUCGUGAAUAUGGCAGCUACGGACGUAACUCUCCUGGCCUAGGACGUACUGGAGGCACUGGGUAUCGACAGCGUAGUCCUGGACGCCGUGGCCGUAGCCCCAGCCCUGUACACAGCUUUACCCAGCCGACUGCCAAAUGGGUUGAGUUUGACAGGACUAUCCCCCAGGGUCACAUCAAAGUUCUAAGUAGAACCUUGUUCGUAGGAGGUGUCACUUGCCCUGAGAGCGAGUUGCGUAGUGUCUUCAACCGUCAUGGCCAAGUACAGACCUGCAUCGUCAACAAGGACAAGCGUCACGCAUUUGUUAAGAUGGUCACUCGCCGAGAUGCUGUUAAUGCAAAGGAGGCUAUGGAGAGUAGCACUUUCCGAACUCGUUGGGGAGUAGGAUUCGGUCCUCGUGACUGCAGCGACUACCAAACCGGCAUUAGUGUUAUCCCUAUCAGCAAAUUGACCGAGGCUGACCGAAAGUGGAUGCUGACUGCUGAAUAUGGUGGAAGUGGUGGUCGUGCCAUCGAGUCAGGCAUGGUAGUUGAGGAGCCGGAUAUUGAGAUUGGUGCUGGCGUCUCAUCGAAGGCCAUCAGUCGCCGCAUGCAGACUGAUAAGGGCGGAAGACACGGGCCAAAGUCCAGCCGUGGUCCAGGCGACAGCGAUGAAGGAGAUCUUACUCGAUGGCGACGAAAUCGUGAUCCGCGACGAGAGGAAGUUCAAGAUGAUAGGAGUGGACUUACUACCGGGCCGGCGGUCCCAGCGUUUCCUUUCGGAAUCGGAACCGGACCCAACGGAAUGCCCGUCUUCCCGCCGGGAUUUGCAUUCCCAGCGCCUCCUGCCGAUCAGUAGGACUGGUCUUACGAAAAUGGGUUUGGAAGUUACUGAUUGGGUUGAAUUGGUGACCGGGUCUUGAUGCCCACUAGGCUUCUAGGGAAUUCUCAAAUUUUUCUCUCCGAAUAAUCCUAAUGGACGGUUGCAGAUGGAGAUCAUUUUCAAUAGUACAACCUACAACCACUUUACGAAUCACGUAGCAUGGAACGGCGUUGGUGGUAUUCUACGUUGGGCCUCAUAGGACCUUUAGUUAGGCGCAGGUCCUCGCUGAUAUUGACGUCACAUUAUACUAGUCAACUUCGAAUAUAGGUCGAUGGACAGCUGCAUCAGAGGGGCCAUGUUCUAUUCAUUGUAUUCAUUCACUUUCUUCAUCUUCGCGAUUCCAGCAUCAGCUUGCACUAUGUAGCAAGUCAAUGUUGGUACAGAUUGCAUAAUGUAUAGUAUUCAGCAGAGUAGGCGUUAUGGACAAGAAAAAAAGGGGGGCAAGGGGCGGUACUUUCGGCAAUUCGUUGCUCUGAAGGGUUCUGAAGCCAGGUAGCUUCAUAGUUAUUGAGAAUAUUUUUGUUG